AUGUCUGAGAGGAGCAUCAAAAUUCCCGCACUCCCAUGCAAGCUGGAUGGUCAAGGCCAUUACACUGUAUGGAGGGACCUUGCUACCCGCAUGUUGAAAGUUCACGAUCUGUGGAACUUGGUCAAUGGUUCGAGUAAGCGUCCCGUGUUGACAACUACCACCACUACUGUACCUACCACGACACAACAAGCAUCAGGAAGCGCUGCCGAGGCUGAAGAAGACGAAGAAGAAACCUCCGACAAUGCCGAAGAAAUCAGCGACUGGGACAAAAAGGACAAUCUUGCGGUUGUAUUUCUCCAAUCUAACAUCGAAUUCGAAGUUAUUCUCACGCUCACACCGGCCGACACUGCUCACCACCUCUGGACUCAACUUGAGGACAGAUUCGAUCGGAAAACCGUCACUUCCCUGCACUCGCUCCUCGCUAAUGUCGUCACCCUACAGUACACACCCGACAAGGGCAUCAAGGAACAUCUAACCCAGUUCAAUACUCUUUGGUCAUCUCUCCUCACUAGAACUAGUAACUCUACGGACAAGACCAAGGACCUGUAA